ACGGCCGGAACUCUGCCACUUCCCGCCGGAAUGGCUACAUUCACAGCGAGUCAGCCGGAAAAAAGGAGAUGAAGCCUAGCAUGGUACAAUGCUGUGGAAACAGAAGAAAGGAUGAUUCCAGUUUAGAGUUUGAAGCUAUAAAGAAAGAUUACAGUAUAGUCUUUGAAGAUCCAACAAAAUUGUCUCCUCUGAGAAGUGUUUGAUCCUGCCUAGGGUCUAUGGACUAUGGCAAACAGCCUCUCCACCUCACAUUGGUGGAGGUUACAUCUUAUCCUCUCCAAACCCGAGAUAACAAUGAGAAGGGCAUCACAAUGAUCAGGGUAUGACGUAACAAAGCAAAAUGGCUCUACGCUUCUUUUAUAGUGAAGUAGUAAUGAGUCAAUGCAACUCCCAGCACUCAUGAUGGGUAAUCUGGUAACAAUGGGUUAGGCUGCAUACAUCCGACCUCCUUACCUCACAAUGGGCGGGACUGCCGGCAGCCUUUUCGGCACUGAGAUAUUGUUGUUGUCGUUCUUGGUAGAACUAGGUCUGUCACUCUAAAGCGCAAAUACGAAGAUGGCCAACCCUCUGGUGUCAAGCGGCAUGCUCAAGAAGUGGCUUCAAUCUGUUCAAGCUCAAAACUGUGUUCUGCAGCUGCUAAGGGAGAGUAUUUCCAACAACAUCAUCAUCAUGCUGAUGAGGGUCAGAAUAUAAUAAAGAAGAGUGGUAGUCAUCGACCCUCCAAAUUCCGAUGCGCUAUUUGUUUUGAGGAAGAACCAAUGUCUGAUGGGUUUGAAAUCAAGGUGUGUCAUCACGUCUUCUGUGCUACCUGCAUGACCACGUACGUUGCCACCAAGAUACGCCAAAACAUUGUGAAGGUCACAUGCCCGACCCCAAAAUGUCCCUCGGAAUUGAAGCCUAGACAUUUGCAGACCAUUUUGCCUCGUGAAGUUAUCGAUAGAUGGGAAACUGCAAGAUGUGAAUCCAUAAUUGCUGAGUCUCAGAAGACUUACUGCCCCUUUAAGGAUUGUUCGGUUUUGUUGGUGGAUGACGGAGGGGAAGUUGUGACCAGUGCCGAGUGCCCGUCGUGUCACCGGCUGUUUUGUGCACAGUUUAGGGUUCCAUGGCAUGGGAUGAUGACCUGUCGAGAAUUCCAAAGGAAGAAGAACAUGAACAAAAAUGAACAAGAUUUGGAUAACAAGUUCUUCAAGCUGGCCGAAAAGAAAAAGUGGCAAAAAUGCCCCAAGUGCAAGAUGUUUGUGCAGAGACGAAGUGGAUGUGAACACAUUAAAUGCAGGUGUGGAAGAAGCUUCUGCUACCAUUGUGGGGAUAAAUGGUAUUCUGGACAUAUAUGCAAGAAACAUCGUCCUUCUUCUUGAAGCAGGGCAGGGCAGGGCAAAAUAUAUGAGAUUUUGUGUUUUAGAAUUUUCAGUUCUGUUUAUACCAUUUCUGCUUCAUUAUCUUUAUUAGUUAAUCAGAAUUUUAUUAGUUAAUCAGAAUUUGAAAGUUUUUUUUUUCCGGCCAUAUGGUUUUUGGGGGUAAAUGCAUCAAGGGCUUAACCAAAAUAUACCCUGUUUAUGAGUGCAAAACUUAAAUCAUUAUUGUCUUCUUGCUAUUAUAAUUAUAAAAAUUGAUAUUGCGAAUUUUUUAUUUAAAUGAAUUUAACUACUUUUC